CUCUCGCGCGCGCCCUCGCGCCCAGGCGCACGCACCAGCACACGCACACGCAGGACGGACCAAUCUCGAGUCACGUGAGCGCUUAUGAACUUGUCCCUCCAGCCUGAAAAAAGGAAGAAAAAAAAAAAAGCAGGGAUGCAAUUUGGAGAAAAGGGGAACAAAGAAAUCGGGGGUAUAAAACCUCUGGAGCAGCGCCAUUCUCGUGCACUGCACCGGCUGAGCAGAGCGCGCUCGAGCUGUCUAGACUUAGCUCUCUCUUUCGCUCUAUCCUCUAUCUUUCUUUUCUCCUUUCUUUCUUCACGAACUUUUCUAUCAAUCUCUGUCUCUCUCUCUUCUAUUAAGUGUGCAAAAGAGAGUGCGAGUUCCUGGUCCGGUUCGAAUCCAGGCGCGCGGCGCAGGUGCCUUUCUGGUACGAGUUGCGCGCGUGCCUUUUCUUUUUUUCUCUCUCUCUUCUUUUUCCUUAAAAAAAAAAUAAUAAAUAAAUAAAUCGACCACGAUGACCACGCUGUUGCUGCUGCUGUCCUGCGCGCUGUGCGUUCUUUCGCUUCCGCUGGGGGACGACAGGAACAACCGAGACUCGGCGGCUUGGCCAGAGAAGAUUCAUCAUUAUGCACUGAAAAAGAGUGGAAGACAUGCUCAAAACACUCUAAAAGAAGACUUCGAGCUUAGGAGGCGGCCACAUUACCCCACUGCCCCCAAGAACGGCGCCGAAGUCUCGAACAGGCCCCGGUGUGGAGUCCCAGACUUUCCUUCCAAGCAAAACAGCGUAUAUAAUUCGUUACAGAGACGGGGCCCAUACCGCAGACUGCAAAGAGGCAAGCGCUACGUCACGACGAAGGGAUGGAACAAGAAAAACUUCACGUACAAGAUUUUAACGGGGCCACCACAGAUGGAUUUGCAGAAAGUGAAAGAGGUGAUUAGGGAUGCGCUACACGUCUGGAGUCGGGUCACUCAUCUCACCUUCACCGAGGUCUCUGGAGGCAAGACUGACAUCACCAUUGACUUCGUAAGGUAUGAACAUGGAGACAAAAUGCCUUUCGAUGGUCUAGGAGGAGUCUUGGCUCAUGCCUUCUUUCCAGGAACUUACCGGCAGGGGGACGUGCACUUUGACUAUGACGAGUAUUGGACAUUAGGAAACGGCAUGGGCACAGACUUGCUGCAGGUUGCUGUUCAUGAGUUCGGCCACACUCUUGGGCUACAGCAUUCCCGCACUUCUGGCUCAGUGAUGUCUCCAUACUAUAGCUUCUCCUAUCCACCACGGCUCAACAAGGAUGAUGAGAAGGGUAUCCAGUUCCUGUAUGGCAUCAAGAUUAUACCACAGAGGGCGCCAGAGUUAGAAACCAAUGACAUCAUGCUAGUACCCAACGCUUGUGACACAGACUUUGAUGCUGUGUCGACGAUCCGCGGCGAGUUGUUCUUCUUCAAAUCAGGCUACGUGUGGCGCAUCCGUGAUGGUAGACUGCAGGACGGGUAUCCGGCUCUAGCCUCCAGACACUGGCAUGGGAUUCCUUAUAAUAUAGAUGCCGCAUAUGAGGACACGUCUGGAAACAUCUGGUUUUUCAAAGGACAGAAUUACUGGGUGUACGAUGCUGAAAAGAAGAUCAGCGGGCCAGACUCAGUUCAAACGCUGGGACUUCCAGUCAUUGACAUCCAGGCAGCAUUGAUGUGGGGCAAAGACAAGGCUAAGAGGGUGUACUUCUUCAAGGGAGAAAACUACUGGCGUUUUAACCCACUGGAGAACUGGGUGGAUAUGAGCUAUGCUCGCACCAUGGUGGACUGGAGCGGAAUCCCGAAUGACAUUGAUGCUGCUUUCCAGGAUCACUACGGCUUUGCCCACUUCCUGAAAGGCAAAAAGUACUGGAAGUUUGACCCAGUUAGAGUUAUAGCACUUGAAGGAUACCCCCGCUACAUCGGCAUGGACUUCUUCAACUGCCCCGCCUACAACUAUCAAUAAAUCUCCACCAGGAACGGAGAUUGAAGAUGUUUAAACAAAGACUAAAUGCCUUGACUUACUACUUUUAAUUGUUCCAAGUGACCUGGGUGACAUAAAGAUAUACAUUAUAUGAUCUCAGUCACCCACAUUUCACCCUCAGGCAGAUUGUGUGCUACAAGGGUUCGACCUUAUUUCAGGUACAAUAAUCCAUAUAUCCUCAUAUGACCACCAGUCAGGUUGGAUCAAGCCAGCUAAUGACUCACGAAUUUCUGGAGGAGUUCCAGCCACACACAACCUUGACACUUCUCAGGAAAAGCACGUCCACCAUGCAAUUCCGUGUUCUUCCUUUUCUGCUGACUUAUGCAGGAUAUGAGUAUUUAUUUUCUGUAUAUUUUGCCAUCAUCAUCAUCAUCAGUAUUUUAGUUACUGAGAACGCAACAUCCACUUUCUGUGAAGUGCCAAAAUGUGUUUUUUAUUUUGCUUAUUAUUACAUUUUAUACAUUAAGGUGCUAAAGUCAUACACAAGGAAGGCUUUCUGUACCUCAGAUGUUCAUCUAAAGAAAUAGAACAGCUCAGGUGUGCCAUUGAGGACAGAGCUAGGAGAAAGAGAAGUGUGAAAGCAGUGUCAUUUUUUUAAAGAAAUAACGGCCUGCUAGUUCAGACGCAUAAAACGCCAAAAUACAAAGAUGGAAAACGUUCCUGGGAAAACAGUAUGUUCAAAUGAAACGAAAACGAAACGAUGUGCAGAAUUGAAUUAGCGAACUACAACUACCACAAGAUUUGUGAUACUCCAGUACAAACACAGUGUAAAUACCACAGCAAUGUGCUAAUUAUAAUUGCCAAUAAAUGUUCUAUUAAUUGAAGAAUGAUGACAUUUUAUCCAUUUAGAGUUACACUAUGCAAAAAAAUUCCCCUCAUGGUACAAACCGCUCGUAAAUCUGCCACAAUUUUUACUGUCAUCUUGAAGUUAAAAACAAAACCCACACAAAUUCUCAUGUUACCAAUAAAGUGGACCAGCUGAAGACGUUUCUGUGGCAGAAAACAUGCCGACAGUUACAAAGCACUGACGACAAAAUGGCACCAUGUCAACAAAUAAAUGUUUCUUUUUCGCCUUUAUAUAUAUUAUAUGGAAAAUCCACCAUACACGUAUCUCUGAAUUGGCUGUCAUGAUAGGACCAAGAACUGUGAAAUCAAUGAAUGAAUGCCAGCCAAUCAGGAACAAGUAUUUUCCAAGGUCAUGAUUAGGAAGCCUUAUUUCACGUUCCGUCCUGAUUCGAUCGCUCCUGAAUAUUGUAGCAGAGUCCAGUGCAGGUCACUGAUGCUGCAGUGUUGGUCAACGUUGCCUUGUUUUAAAUGGUUACAGGGCUUUUUUUUUUAUGGUACACAGCUCAGGAAGUGAUCUCUGCUCUAACACAGAAGCAAAAAAGCACUGGUUAUGUGUUAGGGAGUUUAAUAAAAGGAACAGCACUGUAUCUCUCUUUAAUAUAAUCUAUCAUGUAAUCUAUGAUGUCAUCGACAUAUGUAUUCCUAUGUACUGUGUAAAUACUUCUGUACAAAGAUUUGUAGUAUAUUUUUGCUCCAAUAAACGUUUCUCGAAUUAUUCGA